AUGCAGGACCAUUACAAGGAGCUGUAUGUUGAAAUUGUGUUAAAAAGCAAGGAGAGAUUGAAUGCAGACGCCUUGAAGACAUUAUCCACUUUCUUGUCUCACCUUGACCAUGAAGACUUCAAAUGUUCCAUCCUGCCCGUCGCUGAGAAGUCCUUAUUGAGGAAUCCUGAGAUUACCCUUGUUUGUCUGAAGGAACUUCUGGUCAGUUUGACCAUUGACAUGAGUUCUUAUGCAGUUGACCUUGGCAGGCAUCUGGCAGUUCAGUGCAUAUCGAAAGAUGAAAUGAACCAAACAGUAGCAGCAGAAGCAUGCAGAAUCUUGGCACAGCAGUGUACUGAUUUGUCGUGCUUGAAGUUACUAACACAACAUUUCUUCAAAGUACUCUCUGGUUCUGAAGGAAAGUUGACAGUUGUUUCACAGAAGAUCAAUCUGCUGACAGCCAUUGGCAAGAUGAGUAGUAAUGUUGAGAGAGGUGUUGCAGCGUCAGUUGAAGAGUUGACCACUUUCGUCGUCGACCAGUUUGUUGCUUUUGUACUGAAUGAAGGUCAAGAAACAACGGCAACUCAUGCAAUCCAAAUGAUGACUUUGUGGUCCGUAAAACUUCGUUCCUCCAUCCCUCCAUCAUUCACUCAGUGGAUAAAUAAACAAUUGAGCAACAAAUCAGGCAGUUCAAACAUGAGGACGCACAUCUUUGUUUGCUUCAAUGCAACUGUCAAUGUUUUGAAAUGUAAAGAUCUACUGCCAACAUUCAUUCAAUGCUUGGAGAAGAGUAUUUCACAGCCAUUUCAGGUUUCACUUGUCACUGAAGCCCUGCUUGCCACUAAUGCAACUUUGAAGAUUCUUGAAGGAGAUUUUGAAUUGGCCACAAAGCAAGAAAGUUUCUGGUCACUAGUUUUGGAUUUGGACAAGCAGCACUUUGUUAAUGAAAAAUUUUUGAAUCAAGCACCUAAAGAAGCUUUGAUUGCUCUGUGUUCUGUUGUAGCCUACCUGUUCAACAUCUGGUCGGAUAGACUCAAUGACAAACAUAUCAAAAUGUACAGUGCAGGUUUGUUGAAUGCGGCUGUCAAGGGGGAUUAUGAAGUGAAGAAGCUGGCAGUCAAUAAGUUGAAAAAAAUUGUUUCAUCUGCUGAUUGCCGGUUAUAUGCACUUGCAUUUGUCCACGAGUUGACAGGACUUCUUGAAAAUAUCGAAAAGGUUCUCAAUCUUUUAUUAUCAUCCAAAGUUGAUUGCAGUACAACAACAUCGAAUUUAAAAGUUCUCUUUGAUGUACUGAACGUCAUAUGCAGUUGUAGUUGCGAUGGUGACGAAGAUAAGAUGAAGAUGGCUCUGGAGACACUCGUUGUCUCACAUCACCCGGAAAUAGUUCGUCGGAUGCCAGAUCCUUGGAUGAAGCUUCUGAAGCAACUUCAAAUUGAUCCAAAUAUCUUCUAUAAAAAACUUUCGCAACAAAUUGAAGAGAAGUUCAACUCUGCGGCUGAGCUCACACCUUCUCAGCAGAAUGCCCUGACCACCCUGGCAAUGGUGACUCCCACACACACGUUUGACUUUUUGAGGAGAUCCGUUAUGAAGGUCUUCUCGAAUCCUGAAUAUUUAAAAGUGACGUUGGACGAAUAUGCCUUAUUGAACUGGCCUGAGGGGCAACUAUACGAUAAAUCCGUCAUCGAGGCAGGUGUUGCACCCAUAAUAGAAAAGGCGAACAUCAAAAGGGAGAACAAGUUAUAUUCCUACAAAGAACAACUAGCUGAUAUUGAACUUAAAAAGGAAUUAGCGUUGAAAAAAAAUGCAAAAGAAGAAGUUAAAUUAACGAAGAAACAGCAAGAGCUGAUGCAAGCCCAGCUGACCAAGGAAGCAAACAUAAGAAAUCUCUUAAGACAGCUGAAUGCCGACCUGCUGCACACGACCUCCUUGAUUCACUGCUGCACUCAAGCGAACUACCAGCACGCUCGCCUAUCCUUCCAUUGGUUACUGCCCUGCAUCGUCCAUCUCUUCAAGUCACCUCUGGCUGCACCACACGUCACAAAAAUCUUCAUCGGCUUGCGUUCCGUUGCAUUUGAUAAUCACUACAGUCAUCUCAAUGAAACAUUAGCUCACAACACAUUGAGAUUACUCAAACCAAACUGUUAUCUGGAACACAAUUGGUCAGAGGAACCCCUUGUUAGCCAAUCAGAGAGAGUUGUAGAUGAAAUGUUCAUGGUGACCAGGUGCUCGCUAAUUAGCAGCAAGCAAAGUUUCGAGCAGACGUUCAGUUGUGCAACUUUUCAUUAUUGUUAUUUUUCACUGGAGGCUAUUUUGAAAUUGAGUUUGCUGGACGAAGUUAGGCUGGUUAAGUGUCUGACUAUCAUUAAAUGUCAUGCCAGAAAAGUUGGUAACGCGGACGAAGAUCAACACGAAGACGAGCACCAUCCAUUCCACAUUCCACGACUGCAUAUCAUCAACCUCUGCCUCUACGUCAUCGGCACGUCGGCGGUCACAUUGGCUAGCCACGCCCACCAAACGCUGAUUGACACGUGCCAUUCGUGCAGUGGAAGUCGAGGUCUUGUUAGUGCUCCAAGCUCUGAAGAAGUUCAGUCUCUGACGGAUGCACUCCUCAAACCAUCAUCCUCCGUCAGGAAGGCAGCACUGCAGGCACUCUUGGUUAUGAAAGAUGUUCUGCCACUAUCUUCAUUCACCUCUCCAGCUGCUGCAAGGCAACUCUUAGUUAGAUUGUGGAUAGCGAAGUUUGAUGUCGAUGAGGAAAACAGAGUUGAAGCAGAAGAAUUAUUUGAAGGCUUGGCAGUACCAAACGACAGGGACUUUUUUGAAGAGUUGGCGUCGUACGUUGUGCACGAGGAGACGUGCGUCCAAGUUGCUGCAUCGUCUGCCAUCGCACUGGCCCUCCAACAGCAUCAACAGUUUCUCGAUUAUAUUCUGAAGCUGAUCAUCAAUUAUUAUGACGAUAAGUUGUUUAUUGCUCCGCCAAUCAAGGACCAGUUUGGUCGCAUUGUUAAAGAAUCUCCACCUGAUGAUUACCAUUCCAGACACGGCAUUGCCAUGAUGCUUGGGAAGAUUGCUUCACUCCUCAACCAAAACACUGUUGAAAUUUUAUUCGAUUUUUUUGUGAAAAAAAGUUUGUCUGAUUGCAAUGAAGAAGUGAGACAGGAAAUGCUGAAAUCUGCAUUAUUGAUCAUCAAUGAACAUGGAAAAGACAACAUCGGAUACCUGCUGGGCGUCUUUGAAGACUUUCUGGAAUCGGCUCCAGUGACAGCAUCGUACGAUUCAGUUCGCCAAUCAGUGGUCAUCAUGAUGGGCACCCUGGCCAAACAUCUCGAUGCAGAUCAUCCAAAGUUGAAGCCCAUCGUCGGUAGGUUGAUCGCCACCUUGGCUACUCCUUCUGAACAGGUAGUUCAAACGGCAGCAGCCAACUGCCUGCCAGCGUUGGUUCCAUCAAUGAAGGCAGAUGCACCUGAUCUCGUGAGAGACCUCAUGUGCCGUUUGUUGGAGUCGGAAGUUUACGGGGAAAGAAGAGGGGCGGCCUACGGACUGGCCGGCAUGGUGAAGGGGUUAGGUAUCCUCUCGCUUAAACAACUGGGCAUCAUCAGCACAAUUACUGAGGCGCUGCAGGACAAGAAGUCUUUGAGACGAAGGGAAGGAGCAUUGUUUGCUUUUGAGAUGUUGUGUCGAAUGUUGGAGCGUCUCUUCGAGCCAUACGUUGUGCACCUACUGCCACACCUGCUCCUCUGCUUUGGAGACAACAGCCAGCACAUCAGGGAUGCAGCAGAUGAGACGGCAAAAGUUGUGAUGAGCAAAUUGAGUGCCCACGGUGUUAAGUUGGUGCUGCCCUCACUGCUGACUGCUCUGGAAGAGGAUUCUUGGCGGACCAAAUGCGGAUCAGUUGAGCUGUUGGGAGCCAUGGCAUUUUGUGCCCCAAAACAAUUAUCUGCAUGUCUACCAAAUAUCGUUCCAAAGUUGACAGAGGUUCUUUCUGAUUCUCACCAAAAGGUUCAAAAGGCUGGUUCACAAGCCCUCAAACAAAUUGGUUCUGUUAUAAAAAAUCCUGAGAUUCAAGUUGUGGUUCCUCUGCUUCUGGAAGCCUUGCAAGAUCCCACAAAGAAGACCACAGUAGCCCUGCGGAAGUUGUUGGACACAAAAUUUAUACACUUCAUAGACCCUCCGUCGCUGGCCCUCAUCAUGCCUGUGGUACAGAGGGCGCUGUCCGAUCGGUCAACUGAAACUAGGAAGAUGGCGGCUCAGAUCAUCGGCAACAUGUACUCACUUACUGAACCAAAGGGUUUGUCUCCUUACCUUCCAACCAUGAUUCCCGGAUUAAAACAAUCCCUCCUUAAUCCAAUGCCUGAGGUCCGAUCAGCAUCUGCUCGAGCGUUUGGUACUAUGGUGAAGGGCAUCGAUGAUAAAAGCGUGGACGAUCUGAUUUCUUGGCUCAUGUUGACGAUGACCUCGGAGUCAAGCACUGUUGACAGAUCUGGAGCUGCUCAAGGCUUGUGUGAAGUACUUGGAGGGAUUGGCGAGCACAGACUGCACAGUCUCAUGCCAGAUAUCAUACGCAUCGCCAGUCGAACAGAUAUCACUCCAAAUGUGAGGGAUGGAUAUAUCAUGCUCUAUAUCUAUCUGCCUGGUGCUUUCAACAAAGUAUUCGUUUCUUAUCUUGGAGAUGUCAUACCAACUAUACUCCAGGCGCUGGCAGAUGAGACUGAGUACGUGAGGGAGACAGCGCUGAAGGCAGGUCAACGGAUUGUCAACCAAUAUGCUGACACUGCCAUUGAACUGCUGUUGCCCGAGGUCGAGAAUGGCCUCUUCGAUGAGAAUUGGAGAAUCAGGUACAGCUCCGUCCAACUUAUGGGAGAUCUUCUUUUCAGGAUAUCAGGUGUUUCUGGCAAGAUGUCAACAGUGGGAGUGGAUGAGGAUGACAACUUUGGAUCUGAAACAUCUCAAAAGGCCAUACUGGCCGCUCUUGGACCAGAACGGCACAAUCGCGUGUUUGCAGGCUUGUACAUUUGUAGGCAGGAUAGUUCACUUAGUGUUAGGCAGGCUGCCCUACACGUCUGGAAGGUUAUAGUGAUCCACACACCUCGCAUGCUGAAAGACAUCAUGUCCACCUUGUUCCAUCUCCUUCUUGGCUGUCUGGCCAGUCAAAGUCCUGAUAAAAGACAGGUGGCUGCUCGGACGCUUGGAGAUAUCGUCAAAAAACUUGGGGAGAAAGUUCUUCCAGAAAUUAUUCCGAUUCUUGAAAAGGGCUUGGACUCGGAGGAUUGUGACAGGAGACAAGGUGUUUGUAUCGGCCUGUCUGAAAUCAUCAAUUCAACCAGCAAGGAUCAUGUUAUGGCGUUUGCUGACAGUUUAAUACCAACGGUGCAGAAAGCUCUAUGUGAUCCUCUACCUUCCGUUCGAAUUGCAGCUGCCAAAACAUUUGAUACCCUGCACACGAAUCUUGGGCCCAGAACGCUUGAUGACAUUCUACCAAAUCUUCUAAAAAAAUUGGAGCAUGAAGAGAUAUCAGAAUACGCACUGGAUGGACUGAAACAAGUCAUGGCAGUCAAGAGUAGAGUUGUACUGCCUUACCUGGUUCCUCAACUGACGGUACCUCCCGUUAACACUCGUGCUUUGUCCUUCCUUUGUUCCGUGGCUGGAGACGCUCUAACUAAACACCUGCCCAAGAUCCUGCCCGCCAUGAUGUCAUCACUUGCGAAGAAAAUGCAAACACCCGACGAAGUUCAGGAGUCUCAGUAUUGCAAAUCAGUAGUAUUAUCGUUACAAGAGGAAUCGGCAGUCAGAUUUGGUAUGGAGGUGUUGAUUGGAGGAGCCACGAACGAACGAGCGCCUGUGGGCUCGCGUGUGGCUUCGCUAAACACACUCGUUGUUUUCUGUGAGCAGUCCAAAGUUGAUUAUUCAGAAUUCAUUCCUCAAUUGUUGCGUGCGCUCAUUCCUCUUGCAGCUGAGCAGGAUAGUGAAAUAAUAAAUUCGUCCUGGGAUUGUCUCAAUGCUAUUGUCAAGAGGUUGGAUGCGUCCAACAUGAUUCAGUACAUCAGCCAUAUUCGACAAGCUGUUCGAUUUGCUGUUAAUGACAUAAAGGAUGAUCAAGAAUUACCUGGAUUUUCUAUUCCUAAAAAGGGCGCGGCGCCACUCAUGACUAUUCUCAGAGAGGGAGUUUUAAAUGGGGGUCCUGAGGUCAAAGAAUCGGCUUCCAUUGGAUUAACUGAAAUCAUAAAGAGGACCAACACCGAAGCCUUGCGUCCAUCCGUCGUCAACGUCACAGGAGCUCUCAUAAGAAUUCUCGGAGACAGAUUUAGCUUCAAUGUGAAAGUCGCCAUGCUCGACACCAUUAACCUCCUGCUUGCGAAGUGUGAGACCAACUUGAGACCUUUCUUGCCGCAACUGCAAACAACGUUUGUGAAAUCUUUAAUUGAUGUCAACAGAACCGUUCGCCUUAAAUCAGCAUUGGCUCUUGGCAAGGUAAUUUCAAUUCACAAUCGCAUUGAUGCACUCUUUACUGAACUCAUCACUUGCUGCAAAACUGCUGAAGAUACUUCGAUCAGAGAUACCGUAAUCUACGCCAUGAGACUCUGCUUGAUCAAUCCCAGUUGUAAACUUUCAGAAAAAACCCAAAAAGAAAUUUUAAUCUUUUUGGAAUCCAACAGCAAUAGUUCAGAAGAUUCUACAAGGCUCCUAGCUUCCGCAUGCCAGGGGGCAUUGUGUUGUGUCGUGGAGACUGAACUGAUGAACACCAUAAUACUGUCUUGCAUCGAUUCUGAACCAUCUCAAGAUUGGACAGUGCGAUAUAAUAAGGUUACUACUUUGAGUGUUGCAUUGAAAGAAGCUGGUGGCAAAAUCUUGACAAAACUUAACAAUGACGUCAAUGUUAAAGUAACGAAAUCCCUUGUUUCCUAUUUCAAUACGGACAGGAUACCCAUCUGCCUGGCAGCUUUAAGGGCAACAGCAUUUUAUUUGAGACAACAACUUAUGCUAGGUACAUCUCUGGACGAAAGUCUCAAUAACCUACUAGUCAAAUCAAUGAAACUGGAAUCAAACGACUUAAAGCAGCUGUGUGCCCAAAUAAUGUCAUAUCUGUGUCACGUCACACCAGAAAGAGCAUUUGAUGUUUCGUCACUCAAAAUAUUUGUGCCGAUGUUGUUGAGUGGAUGUAGGGAGAAGAAUGCUGCUGUGAAGUCAUUCAGCGAGCACGCAUUGCUAGCCGUUUUAAAAUACAAACAAGAUGAAUCCAUAUACCAAAAAUGUCUGGAAUUUCUGGAAGAAAAUUCUAAAGAAACGUUAACUGAAGUUACUAAUAAAAUUCUAAAGAAACUCGCGGCUCAACCUGAGGGAAUUGAGGAAGACAUAGAUGUCACUAUACUUAAAUGAACAUCUGUCGCUAAAUCAAGCAAAAGUAUCAAAGUUUAACGUUGGUGAACGACUUGUUGAUUUGAAAUGAAUUGAAAUUGUUAACGUAAAUGAUUUAGCUUAAUGUCUGGGUUGUAAGUGAAUUAAGUAAAAAUAAUAAUUAACAAAAUAUUUGACGCAUGUAAAUGGGCACAUUUAGUGUCAACUAUUUAAAUUGGUUUUAAUUAAUCAAAUUUUUAAAAUAAUUCAAAAGUUAUUUUUUAAAAUAUCAAAAAAUAAAGGGAAUAAUA